GAAGUUCGGAGGCAGAUAGCGCCACGUGCGGGUCACUUAACACACGUCACCAGUGUGUUCGAGCUCGAAUUACGAUAUUUGAGUUAAUUCUCCUGAAAUAAUGACUUUCGCGUGAGAAACGGGGGUGCUCGUAAUUAGAGAGAACGUCGCGUCUCCAGGAAUGUGCCCCGCGUCCGCGUCACCGGCCCAGAUACUAUGGAGGUCGUCCUAACCUAACUUUCCCUUUUCACCGAACCAGUCGGAGCCCCACAGCAGAAGUCGAGAAAGAAAUGUUACAAUUGGAUGUAACUUUGACAUCAGUAGUUUGAUGCUAAUCUAGUUCUUGAAACAUGAUGUCAAACGGUAUCCCGAGCUCUACCAGAGAGGCCACGGUGAGUCCACCAGCCAACAGUGGUGGCUGUGCCCCUAUGCCGUCGUCGUCAUCAACCCUGGACUCACCAUUCAUGAAGUUAUCUUCGUACUUCUUAGCGGCACGGCCAUGGUCGCUAAGUGCAUCUCUAGUACCGACUCUCUUGGGCUCAGCCUUGGCAUGCCGCUUGACAGGCCUCGCAGGCUUCAGUUGGAUCUCAUUGGUCUUAACGAUAUGUACCGUUGGAUGUGUUCACGGUGCGGGCAAUUUAGUAAACACUUAUUUUGAUUAUAUAAAGGGUGUCGAUAGUCGAAAAAGCGAUGACAGAAUUCUGGUGGAUCAGCUGCUCUCCAAGGAUGAGGUGGUAACGUUCGGUGCCCUCUUGUAUGCCCUUGGAUGUUUAGGCUUCAUCCUACUGACAAUGAUCUCACCGGCAAAGAUGGAGCAUCUGGCACUGGUGUACUUUGGUGGCUUGUCAUCAUCUUUCCUCUAUACCGGAGGUAUUGGAUUGAAGUACAUUGCAUUGGGUGACGUACUGAUUCUGGUAAUCUUUGGACCCAUUUCGGUUCUUUUUGCAUUCAUGGCGCAAACUGGCUACAUAGAGUGGGGUACUAUGUAUUAUGCCAUACCACUGGCUCUAAAUACCGAAGCGAUUCUACAUAGCAACAACACUCGUGACUCGGAGAGCGAUAAGAGGGUAGGCAUCAUUACCUUGGCCAUCCUCAUUGGACAUACCGCAUCGCAUGUUUUGUACGCUUUCUUACUAUUCGCACCAUACAUCAUCCUUGUAGUGCUCGCCCUGAGGUACUCGGUGUGGUUUCUUCUGCCAGUUGUGACUUUACCGGUGGCCUUUAGAAUAGAGAAACAAUUCAGAAGCCCUCAAAUGAUUCAGAGCGUGCCGAAGCAAACUGCUAGGCUGAACAUGUGUUUGGGAAUUUUGUAUGUAGUCGCCUGUAUCAAGGCUGAGCCACUUCCAUAUCUCUAAUUCUGGAGAGUCAUCCAUUUGGAGCCUCCCUUUUAUGAGCACCGAAGUGCGUUGGAGAAGCUUGUGGCAGUUAGCAGCUCCUGGCAGUUGACUUGGACUGCUUGACUUAUGACUGAUCUGUCUGCUGUUUUUUAUCUAAACACUGCUGUCAAUCCUAAUGCCGGUGAUGUACGCAGAGAAGGCAUGACACAACUGCAAAGAGAGUCGGCAUUAGAGCUGUCUCGAAGACACGACUACUUCCAUUUUCUACGCUCGGCUCGUGGAAUUUGAAUUUUCAUUGUAAGCACCCCUGAAGCGCAUCAAGUCUGAAUAAACAAGAAGCCUAAUUUGACAAUAUAUUCGAAGACCAGGUCGACAUCUUGUAGUAUUUAUCAGUUCUACAUCUGCAUUCAUGUUACAAAAAUCCAUUAAGCAUACAAUUACAUGUAUUGUAAAUAACACUAUUUCUCAGAAUCUUAUGUUAUUUUGUAAAAUUCAGUGGCAAAGUUUUACUGUCGCGGUGGGUCCGAAGGCUUACGUUAUCGGUAUAUAUACAUUAUAUCGAUGUGUUUAUUUUAAUAAAAUUAAUUUAUUACUA